UUUAAAAAAAUUUAUUUUCGUUAGUCACACUUUACGUUAUUUCUGUAUGACUAUAUCUUAUUUAUAUAAUUAAUUUCUACUCGAGGUACAUAUUGCCUUUACGCAAGUCUCGUGACAAGGUAAAGUGAAAAAGAAUCUGAUAGCAUAAUCAAAACUGAAGUUGAGGUUGUAGCAUCAGUUUGAGAAAGCUGAUUGUAAUGGCGGCCAAGAAAAGAUGAUUGAAGACGGCCCAGGAUCACAAAUCGGAGGGCAAGUCGGCCCAGGGACUGGUAUAAACAUUGGCAUGGUCACUAAACAACAACAAGAUGUAGAGUCUGGGCAGCGUCCCCAGUACUCUAUGCCUGGCAUCCUUCAUUUUCUUCAAACGGAAUGGGCUAGAUUUGAGAUGGAACGAUCCCAGUGGGAAGUUGAAAGAGCAGAACUUCAGGCUCGAAUUGCUUUCUUACAAGGGGAGAGGAAAGGACAAGAAAAUCUGAAACAAGAUCUUGUGCGAAGAAUAAAGAUGUUAGAAUUUGCUCUGAAACAAGAAAGGGCUAAAUACCACAAGUUAAAAUAUGGAACUGAUCUGAAUCAAGAUGAAUUAAAGCCACCAAGCUUCGAAAAGAAGGCAGAUGAAGAUUUAGUGGAUGGAGAAGCUCUGUUAUCUUCUGGACCAAAUAGUACUGCCUCCUGGCGACAAGGGAGACAACUCUUACGACAAUACCUACAAGAGAUUGGCUACACGGACACCAUUAUUGAUGUUAGAUCUGCCCGAGUUCGAUCGCUGCUUGGACUACAACCACACGCUGUGGACUCCAACUCUGAUAACAGCCAACCUGGCCUCGUCAAUGGAGAGCAGCAGCCAGGGAAAGGUGGCAUUUCCAUGGCCAAACGGACUGCUGGUAAGAAAAUUGCAGGAGCUGCAAAUCUAGAGGGGGCUUUGAUGGACACCGAGUCUGCAGUUUUGACAACUUUCGACUUUUUAUCCUCCGAAGCUGUAGUUGAUGAAGAUGAAAACUUGAGCGAUGAAGACAAUUCUGCUGAUGAGGAAAAUGAUGAAAGGCUGGAGAGAAGAGGGGCUAAAGUAAAGGUGGUGGGCAAUGAGAGUAUGGCGGGCAUUGAAGAUGUGAUGGGUGACCCAGAGACGGAAGAGGCUCUGGCAGAAUUCGACUUCCUCGUCUCGGAGAGCGGGGAGGGAGCCGGCGAGGCACGCAGUCCGAGGGAGGGCUCGGAAUGGGAGAAGAAGGAUGAAUCACCUAACGAGGAGUGGGUCGUAGAUCAGCAACAAAUAUCUAAGCUUAAAGAACAGUACAAAAAGGAAAGAAAAGGAAAGAAAAAUAGACCUAACCGAUCGACGCUGCGAGCGAUGCUGGCAAACCUCGGUGAUGAGGAAGAGCUCUCGGGGCUGCAGGCCGGGGGAGCAACAAGCGGGGACCAGUCAUCGGGGAAUAGCAUGCCUCAGUUAGAUGAGAUGGGUGUUCAAGGUGGCGGGUCCAUGCCGUUCACACCUGGCAAUCGCAAGCCGAUCCUGGGCGUGCCUGGUGACGACGACGCACUCGAUGAAGCUCUGGGACUGGGCGAGUUAGCUGGUCUAACUGUGACGAACGAGGCCGAUCCCAUGUCCAACAUGAGCUACGAUAUAUCUGCACCAAAAGAAGUUUUUAGAAAAACAUGGAAUGCAAAAUAUACUCUUCGAAGUCAUUUUGAUGGAGUGAGGUCACUGGCAUUCCAUCCGGUAGAACCCGUUCUUAUCACAGCCAGUGAGGACCAUACACUGAAGUUGUGGAACUUACAGAAGACAGUGCCAGCCAAGAAAGCUGCGUCACUCGAUGUUGAACCUGUGUACACGUUUCGUGGCCACGUUGGACCAGUGUUAUGUCUGGCAAUCAGUGCAACUGGGGAACAAUGUUUUAGUGGAGGCAUGGACUCCACUAUCAAGUGUUGGAAUAUUCCAAACUCAAACAUUGAUCCUUAUGACUCGUUUGAUCCAAGUGUUUUAGCCGAUACAUUAAUAGCACACACUGAUGCAGUGUGGGGUUUGUCAAUACACAGUUCCAAGAUGCAAUUGUUGUCGUGUUCUGCUGAUGGUACAGUUAGGUUAUGGAAUCCGGGUAGUAAAUCACCUCUACUCAACACUUUUACAGUUGAUACAGAGGAUUGUUCUCCUACCUCAGUAGACUUUGUGCGUUGUGAUCCAACUCAGUUGGUAGCAAGUUAUACGUCUGCGAACACGUAUAUCUUUGACAUUGAGACUGGCAAACAAGUUCUCAAACUCGAAACUAAAGAUAAUUCAGAAUCCACUGGUGUCAAUCAAAUCAACCGAGUGAUAAAUCAUCCAACACUUCCAAUGACGAUAACAGCGCACGAAGAUAGGCAUAUUAGGUUCUUUGACAAUAAUACAGGAAAAUUAAUUCAUUCUAUGGUGGCACAUUUAGACUCAGUAACGAGUUUGGCAGUGGAUCCAAAUGGCUUGUACCUUUUGUCAGGCAGUCAUGAUUGUUCAAUUAGGUUAUGGAAUUUAGACAGUAAGACGUGUGUUCAGGAGAUUACUUCACAUCGCAAGAAGUUUGAUGAAUCAAUUCACGAUGUUGCCUUCCAUCCACAGAAACCGUAUAUUGCAAGCGCAGGGGCCGACGCUCUUGCUAAAGUGUUUGUAUGAUGGUGGUCAUGCAGAUAGAACUAGUAACACAGCAGAUGUGGUGGAUGAUACGAGAAAACAACGAGGGGAAAACAGAUUUUCCUUCAGCUUGAUCCACGAAAGAGUUAUGUUGCUAAUGUCUUCGACGACCACAUGCUCGCAGAGUGAUAUUUAAUGACCUUCAUUCAGUUUUCUGUUCAAGACCGUUGAUGAAAGCAACAUUUAGUGCUAUUAGGAACAUAAUACAGCAAUAGAUCAAUUACUCAACUAGCAAUUUUUUUUUUUUUUUUUUUUUUUUUUUUUUUUUUUUUUUUUUUUAAAUAUGCAGUAUAUUGGUAAUAUAACUCUCCAAAUUUAGAGGUAAAUAAAUGUAAUGGCAACGUAUUUAAUUAAAAAUCUAGAAAAACUUGUAGUUCACAACAGGAUAAUGUAAACCUGUUGCUAUGUACCAAUUUGUCAUUGUAAGUUUACUUGUUUUAGUCAGAAUAACAGUAUACAUUGACAGUUAGGUGCUAAACAACUAAAUUGGUUACUAUUCCACUCAGUUGAAAAUGAAACUUUACAAGUUUUAAAAUGAUAAUAUUUGACACUUCACAUUUACCUCAACUAAACCACAUACAUACAUAGCCUCUUUGUUUGUAACAUUUUGUAAGUAUUUUGGCAGGAUGUAAAUCUGUGGUUGAGUGCUCAUCUGAGGCAUUGGUCAGAUCCAGAAGUUAUGGGUGGGGAUCCUGAACCUCCGCCCCUAAAGAUGUUGCUUUCUUUAGGAGCUUGGCACAUUUACUUUUGAUAAACUCGGAUUGCCCUUUUUACAAUUUUGUUAUCUCUCUCCCCCUCCUCCUGUUUAUUAUCUUUUCAUCAUAUUUUAAGAAUCUGCAGUGGCAUUUAAUAUACGUAGCUAAAGAAAAUGGUACAAAUAUGGAUAAAUGUAUGACAGUUAUAUGUAGCUUGUUCCAAAAUGAGUAAACUUACAAUACAGUAGACCAAGAAAAAUAUAUAUAAUGUCAUUUCAUUACCAUGUGUGAUAGGUUUCACCAGAAAUUGUUUUCAUACUACAUAAUGUUGAAUGUAAGCUAAAUAGAAAUAUUACUGUACAGCUGUGCUUGUUAUUGGGUCUGUGAAUAGGGAGGUAGAACUGAAACAAAAACAUUGACACUAUUAUCGUGUAUGCCAUUUGACUGGAGUGUAGAAACAAUAUGAUGAUUUCAGGAGGACAUUUUACUCUUGUGUUGUGCCACCCCUGCACCAUGUCACAUUACUCUAGACUGCCAAAUUGUUCACCUGUACAAUUUGUAAUUAUGGACAUUUUGUAAUUAUAGAACUACUAAAGUAUUUCAGUAUUUUUUAGUUAGUGUGUAGCCGUCAUAGAAUACAGGUUGCUCUGUCGACUAAGAUGCAACCAUAUUGUACAUAGGCAUGUUGCUAAAUGCAUUACUCUGUGUUCAGGUUAUGGUUCAAGUUGAAUUUGAGCCUCGUUUUAAACCAAUUAGGCAGCAUGGAUUUCUCUAGCACAAACCUGUAUGUAGAACAAAUUGAGAUUAUUUUUGCCUUUCUUUGUCAGCUUCAUUCUCUGUGUUAGUCCCAUGUAUUGUACACUGUUUGCACAUCAACUGUAUCUCUAAAAUUCUUUACAUCAGUUAUUUAAUCUGGUAUUAAAGUACAAAAACAAUUAGCCUUUGUGAUAAUGGAUAAUUAAAGCAGAAAGCUGUGACCUAGUUAGUAUUUGUUUUAUAAACUCACUGGAAACAAAAGUUAGUUGUAACAGUUUUCAAAAGAAGCCAUGGAGACCUCUGUUUUAGCAACAACAACAAAAUUAUUAUUUAUUAGGAUUUGUCCUUUGUUAGAAUUAUGUAAUAUUCUGUCUGUGUAUUUACGAGUGUCCCUUAUAGGGAUAAGUUACGCUAUUUGUAACUCAUUGAUCAGUUUGUCUCAGAAAUUUGUGUUAAAUUGUUCUUGGACAGGUUGAACAUUUCCCCAUCUACUGUCCUCAAAGACCAUCAUUGUCCAUUGUGGCAGAGUUGUAACCUUUUGAUGCUCUUCACAGUCCCAUACAGGUCUCGUUUGUGUUCGCAACUAGUCUCGGAUGUUUCUGUAUAUGAUCAGACAUUUGGCAUGCUGGAUGCCAUUAGCUAACAAUCCUGUUCCACUUCACUUUGUCUGUUAGUUACUGUCAGAGUUACUACCUGUUGUCUCUCCUUGAAGAAAGAUAAAUGUCAACUGGAGUUAAAUUUCUGUUGAUGCCACAAUCCCAUUAAACAGUAAACAGGUCUGGUGUCAUCUGGAGUUGAUUGCCCAGUAGGUAUCCAUUUAAAAAUAAAAAUACUUAACACCAUUAUCAGGGCAUUAAUUACAGUAAUUGUUUAUAUAGAUCUGGGUUUUUUUUCCUUUUGCACUGAUUAGCGUCGCUGAUAAUUUUACAUCUAUCUAUAGAUUAUUUUAAUUUAUUUGAAAGGUUGCUCUUAUCUACCUCAUUUGCAAAUGCUUACAAAUUUGGACUUCAUGUCUUGUUCAGUACAGCAGAAUUGAAAAUGUGGUCCACUUGUCGUCCAUGACAUCACUUCAAUUUCUUUGUAACAUAAUUGUAAUGUCACUUUUCAUAAAUGAUAAUAUAAAUAAAUGUGAUUUUUGAAUAAUCAAACAAACGUUUAAAUUGUUUUACUUUUCUUCCUUUAAAAAAAAUAGCGAAAAUUAAGCUGCUGUUUUGUAAAAGGUUUAUUUUAAUUGAAAGUUUAUUUUAAAACUGAUUAAAAAACAAAGCAGUGUAUUUUGUCCCAAUGACUUGUAGUUUACUCAGUAAAAAUAUUUUUUCUCAACUUGUUUUCACAUUACUUCUAUGGAUGACAUUUUAUUUUCAAAGUAAAAUGCAUCUUAUCUUAUUUUAAAAGUAGUCACGAAAUCCAUGCUGCUUACCAACCUACCAGCGAAAUGUACUUAGUCACUAAGCAAAUACCCUAUCGAUAACUAAUCAUGUAUGAAUGUAGGGGUAAAAAUAAGCUGGAUUAUUUAUGAGGUGAAUUAAUUGGUAUCAUUGCUCACUGAUCGUACAGCAAAAGAGAGUUUAUGAUUGCAAUAAGUGUUUAUUUUGCGCAGUGUCGGAGUGAGUGUUUGUGGUCUAAGACAUUGUUGAUCCAUCUUGGAUUCAGCUGUUUCACUGUUACUAUUAUAUAUAUAUAUAUAUAUAUAUAUAUAUAUAUAUAUAUAUAUAUAUAUUUCAUAUAUUCAUGAUAUUGUAUCUGUACUCUCUUUAUUAAUAACAUUUAUUAUGCAUUUAACAAAAUUAACUUAAGUAUCAAAAUAUGUAUCAAGUGGUUACAAGUGCAACUUGAAAUUUAGUUUUAAAAUGAAGCAUUAUGGUUGUCUUUAGGUCAAAAUCGGACAAGCUUUGGUUGAAACUUGUUUUAAGCUGGUCAGAAAAUACUUUUAAUUAGCAGUUUUGUUUGAAAACUUCUUGUCAUAAGUGUAGCAAAAUCAGAGAUCACUAAUGAUAUUAAUUCAUAAAAUGACUAACAUAUGAAAUGUAUUCACCAGAUUGAACUAUAUUCGUAUUUGUUAUUUGGUGAUAUCAUAAACCUGGAAUCUUUUUUCUGUGUUGAGUAUUUGACCUGGAAAUAAUUAAUGACACCAUAAAUCUUUAUUUUCACAUGUGCCAAAUUAAUAUUUUUAUAUUAUUCUUGCAAUUAAGGGUUUUCUUUUUCUGCCUUCAGUAGUAGUUGAAAACUGCAUUCUCAGUUUCUAUACAAUUGUUAGUAGCAGCCUACAUUUUAAGUUUGAAUACUUAGUAUGGCCAAUAUUUGCUUCUCAUAACAAAGGAAUGUUUUGUUAUUUGACUUAAGAAAACUAGAAGUAAAAAAAUCAUACAAAGAUUGACCUCUUUAAAGUAAACACUAAUUCUAUAUUUUAUAAUCUUGAUAUACAUUUGUUGGUUUUCUUUUCACUAAAUAAACUGAAAAUGUUUAAAGAGUGAAAUUUGUUUUUGGAGAUUGUAUCUCAAUUAUAAUGUAUUACUUAACAAUAGUGUUUGUAUUUAAUAGGAUAAAAUUGUAACAUUUUACUCUUUUCUUGUUAAACACCAUUAAACUGAGUAGUCGGUUUUAAUCCAGUAAUAUAUUAUACGCAUAUAUAAUAAUUUGUUUUUCCUUUACCAUAACAAAAUACCCCUGUUUACUGACAUACUGGGAGAGACGGUAAAUCUUAAUUUCAGAAAUUAUUUGCUGUUGUCAUGUGACUUUUUAUUGUUAAAUUCUUCAAAGGGCGUUUGCACUGAAGUAGAUCAUGUAAAUAUAAACUAUAUAUAAUCUAUCGUGCAAACGUUAGCAUUUUAUAAAAGUACUACACCACUCACCGCCAAAUGUUGAGAAAUGUACAAUAAUUAUACCAAAAUAACAUAAAACAAACCAAUGUUCUAAUUGUUGGCUUUUAGCAUUUAUUCUGAAACAUGAUUAAAAUGGUUUAAUAAUUGAUGACUUUUCCAACUCCUAAAACUUGUUAACAUAAUCUUCCAUUUUUUUUGUCGGUUACAAAAUGGUUUUAUGCUAUCAUGUAAGGCCAUGUCUAACUUAUAACAAAGUGUAGGGUGGCAUUGGGAAAGAAUCUCGACACACAAAGGUUGUGGUGGCUGAAGUUGAUGUCACAGCAACACAGGUGCAAGCCUACUGUGAGCUACCUAGGGGAAAAGGUUUUAAAAUGGACCCCCAUUUGGUGCAGACGAGAGAAUUUUCUGUUCAACAACUACACAAAAAUGGGCACUUAAAAUUCUUUUGGAGGUGCACAUCUUUCCCCAGGCACCCUUUAGAUAUGGCUAUGCCAUGUUAGUAUGAAAAUUAUCUGAUAAUUCUUUAACUUCUAGAUUCUAUUUUAUUUUAAAUAGAAUUGUUUACCAAAGACAUGUUUUUCCACAACUUUACCCCAAAUCUUACUGAAUUAGUUCAUGACAUUUGUGAAGCAUUGCUUUAAGCAGUAAAUUUUUAAAAAAAUUGGUCAUUCUCUCUUCUUUUUUUUCUCUUUUUCUUUUUGGAUAAAAAAGUGAAGCAAAUUUUUUUCAGAUUAUCAAAAUAAGGAAUGCUGCUGUUUGUAACAAUCGGAACUGAAUUACCUUUCUCUGAUUUUAAAAUUUAAAAAACAAGCAAUUUAUCAAGGUUGCCCCAAAGAGCAGUGUUAUAACAACCUUAAUUAAAAUUAAUGUGGGUUUUUUCCUCACUGUUUUUAAAAUCAUGAGACAGUCCGUGCACCAUACAGCACUAGUUUAAUUGUGUGACUUCAUCCAUCAGUAUGUGAUAUAUGUACAAAAUUAAUGUAAGUAACUGUUCUAUUUAAAAAUCAUGCUGAGCUAGAUGUCCAGUUUAAAUGUGAUACAUUGAGCUUACUAAAUGUGAGAAAGGCUAUGUAGUGUGCUUUAUGUUUUAAAUUUGUGUGUGUCUCGUCAGUUUAAAACUAAAAUGGGUACUACAGCUCAGUCGGAUUUUCAUGAUUUUGCUUCGUAAAUAUUUGUGAUUUUGAUCAAACCUAGUCAUAAUAUUAAUGGUCGACUUUUAUAUUUUUAAUCCUGGUAAAUGAAUGUAAUUGUACAUUUUUCACUGUCAAGUUGAGAAAUAUUUUUGUCUAUGGAUACUAUUUUAUUGAUGCACUGUUAUGUUAAAUGUAGGAUCAAACAAUUCACCUUUGAUGUUUGAACGCUCUUCUAGUAUCUGUGUUUUUUCCGCAAUACAUGUACAAACUGAUAUACAAAACAGUGUAAACAAGUCUUUCUCCCUCGGUUACAGCCAUACACAUACUGCAGUGUAAUAAAUGAAUUUAACAAC